GUUUGUUUCAUCAUUACUGCAGAUCAAUAUUAGACGCUGAUAAGAUCAAAGCAGGCCCCGUCCGCCGGUCCGAGGGAGUUGUACCCGGAGCCGUCAUGUCCUUCCAGAGAUAGGAGGCAGGGGCGAGGAGCCUACCCCCAUGCGGGACAGGGCUCAGCUGGUGGUGGUGGGGUGGUGGAGGUUGCAGUGUUAGCACACCGAAACAGCAAUGUGAUAGAUUACCCGAUGGAAGUCAAUAAAGUGGAGGAGAAAUAUCAUCAUCUCUCACACACUGAAGAGAACCAAAGAGGAGCCGAAAAAUCUUCUACCUGCACUGUGUAUGAAAAGAUUUUCACACAUAACGAAAAUCACAAGACAGUUCACACUGGAGAGAGGCGGCACAUGUGUGAUCAGUGUGGAAAGAGUUUCAUACGAAAAGCAAAUCUUACGAGGCACAUGAGAGUUCAUACUGGAGAGAAGCCGCACACUUGUGAUCAGUGUGGAAGGAGUUUCACACAUAAAGAUUACCUUACGAGACACAUGACCGUUCACACUGGGGAGAAACCACACACGUGUCAUCAGUGUGGAAAGAGUUUUAAAAAUAAAUCAAAACUUCCGAAUCACAUGAGAAUCCAUUCUGGAGAGAAACCGCACACAUGUAAUCGGUGUGGAAAGAGUUUCAUCCGAAAGGAAUCACUUACAUAUCACAUGAGAAUCCACACUGGAGAAAAGCCAUACACAUGUGAUAAGUGUGGAAAGAGUUUCACUGUUAAAGCAAACUUUAAGACUCACAUGAAGGUUCACACUGGAGAGAAGCCGUACACUUGUGAUCAGUGCGGAAAGAGUUUUGCACAGCUGAACGAUUUAAAAAAUCACCAGAAUAUGCACAGCGGUGUGAAGAAUUAUGUGUGCUUUGAGUGUGCAAAGUCUUUUACUACAGGUGGCCUAUUAAAACAGCACCAAAGAAUUCACACUGGUGAAAAACCUCACAAGUGUUCACACUGUGACAAGAGAUUCACUAUGUCAUCAAACCUGAAAACACAUGAGAGAAUCCACACUGGAGAGAGGCCGUAUAACUGCCGUCCAUGUGGGAAAAGUUUCAUCCAUAAAAAAAAUCGAAUGAAUCACAUUACUGUUCACACUGUAGAGAAGCUGCACACAUGUGAUCAGUGUGGGAAGAGUUUCUCACAAAAAUCCAAUCUUACAAAGCAUGUGAAAAUUCAUACUGGAGAGAAGCCGCACACAUGUGAUCAGUGUGGAAGGAGUUUCACACAAAAAUCCAAUCUUACAAAGCAUGUGAAAAUUCAUACUGGAGAGAAGCCGCACACUUGUGAUCAGUGUGGAAGGAGUUUCACACAUAAAGAUUACCUUACGAGACACAUGACCGUUCACACUGGGGAGAAACCACACACGUGUCAUCAGUGUGGAAAGAGUUUUAAAAAUAAAGCAAAACUUCCGAAUCACAUGAGAAUCCAUUCUGGAGAGAAACCGCACACAUGUAAUCGGUGUGGAAAGAGUUUCAUCCGAAAGGAAUCACUUACAUAUCACAUGAGAAUCCACACUGGAGAAAAGCCAUACACAUGUGAUAAGUGUGGAAAGAGUUUCACUGUUAAAGCAAACUUUAAGACUCACAUGAAGGUUCACACUGGAGAGAAGCCGUACACUUGUGAUCAGUGCGGAAAGAGUUUUGCACAGCUGAACGAUUUAAAAAAUCACCAGAAUAUGCACAGCGGUGUGAAGAAUUAUGUGUGCUUUGAGUGUGCAAAGUCUUUUACUACAGCCAGUGAAUUGAAACAGCACCAAAGAAUUCACACUGGAGAAAAACCUUACAAGUGUUCACACUGUGACAAGACAUUCACUAAUUCUGGACACUUGAAAACACAUGAGAGAAUCCACACUGGAGAGAGGCCGUAUAACUGCCGUCCAUGUGGGAAAAGUUUCAUCCAAAUUGGUAAUCUACAGAGGCAUAUGAAAAGCCAUCAUCCAAAGUCUUCAUAUAAAGAUAAAGGCGUGGCUGUGAAUGGAGGUUCCUAACAGUUAAUCGUACAUGACAACUGUACCAAUAUAAACACAAGCUGCCUAAAAUCUGUGUAUUACAAACAGACUCUGUAAUGUGGAGAGCUCGUUUCUAUGAAAUAACUUCGACUUUUAUGACGCUCUUAUUGCAGAAAUAAUGGCAAGUUAAACUGGAAGUGUUGAAGAAGUGUCGAUGCUUUUAGCCAUAUUUUAAUGACAUUUUUGCUGUUAUCUUGGGGAUUUCACCCAAACAUGAAAAGUUUUCUGUCUUCUGUGGAACACAAAAGGAAAUGCUAUGCAUAGUGUUAGUCACCUUUCACUUUUAAAGCAUCUUUUCCAUACAAGUGAAGUGCUGAAGUAUAGUCUUAUUGUUUCCGCCCUCUAGUGGUCAAACUGUUUAAUGCUCUUUUCUCCAUAAUAAAUAUUGCAGUUUGGACUCAUGUUAUUGUCAUUAACAAAAA